AGCGAGACGCUAUCUGUUUGUGUAGAGGAUCUGAUGCCGGGAGGUCUCUCUCUGAUCAGGAAGGUUGUCUCGUUCUGUCACUCGCUGCGUCCGGCGACAUCGCUCGGUCCGUGACGAGGUGACGAUUGGAGCGGGGCUCGAGCUGCCGUUGUGCGGUGCCGUCCUCCGAGGAUCCGCCGCCCGUCACGAUGACCUCUCCAGUGAAGGUCUAUUACAGUCAGACGACGCAGACCGACAUCCGGCCCCUGAUUGGUUCAACCUUGAGGAGGAGGAGGGUGAUGACUAAAGAUGGACGGAGCAAUGUCCGCAUGGACCACAUAAGCGAUAAGAGCUUCCUCUACCUCAAGGACCUGUGGACGACUUUCAUUGACAUGCAAUGGCGUUACAAGCUGCUUCUGUUUUCAGCUACGUUCGCAGGAACCUGGUUUGUCUUUGGAGUCAUUUGGUAUUUGGUGGCUUUGGUACACGGAGAUCUCCUGGAAUUCAACGCUCCUGCUAACCACACUCCGUGCGUCAUGCAAGUCCACACGUUAACUGGGGCCUUCCUCUUCUCAUUGGAGUCCCAGACCACCAUAGGCUACGGCUUUCGCUACAUUAGCGAGGAAUGCCCUUUGGCAAUAAUCCUACUUAUAACCCAGCUGGUCCUUACCACCAUUAUGGAGAUCUUCAUCACCGGAACUUUUUUGGCAAAAAUAGCUCGUCCAAAGAAGAGGGCAGAGACCAUCAAAUUCAGCCAGAGUGCUGUGGUGGCCCAACAGGAGGGCAGGUUGUGUUUGAUGAUACGAGUGGCCAACAUGCGGAAAAGCCUUCUGAUUGGUUGCCAGGUGACGGGCAAGCUCCUCCAGAUGCACCUGACCAAGGAAGGGGAGAACGUACACCUGAAUCAAGUCAACGUGGAAUUUCAGGUCGACACAUCCUCUGACAGCCCGUUCCUCAUUUUACCUCUCACUUUCUAUCACGUGAUUGAUGAGGCCAGCCCUCUGAAGGAUGUUGCCCUCCGAUCUGGAGAAGGGGACUUCGAGCUGGUGGUCAUUCUCAGCGGGACAGUGGAAUCCACCAGCGCAACGUGCCAGGUGCGCACAUCCUACCUUCCAGAAGAGAUACUUUGGGGUUAUGAGUUCAGCCCAGUAAUCUCUGUCUCGUCCAGCGGGAAGUACGUGGCUGACUUCAGCCUCUUCGACCAGGUGGUCAAGGUAUCCCCGCCAUGCUGCUUUCACGAAACGCUUCGGUUUGGGGACCCUGAGAAGCUGAAGCUGGAAGAAUCUUUCCGAGAUAAGCCUGAGAAAGAGGGGAGUCCACUGAGCGUGAGGAUCAGCAACGUUUGACGGCGGGCACGAUCCGAGACGGAGCAUUGUACUCCUCUACAGUAGCAAUAUGGCCAUUCUUGCCAGGUUCUCACAUGCUAAUAACUUUAGGAAACUAUUAGCAAACCCACCGUAUGAAUGUUUCUGAACAGAUGAGACUAUUAAUUUGUACUGUAGCAGAAUUUUAAAAAGGGCAUUUAUAUAGAGAGUGACGGGGGCACUUAGCACGGCUGGAUGUGUGUUUAGGGAAAAGGAAGGUUUACUCGCGAGUCCAGGUGCCUUCACAACAUGUUUCAGCUGCUUCUUUCUGAUCCACACUCUAUGAUCCAUUCUAUGAUCCACUUUACUGCAAAGAGCAAAACCAGCAAAUCAGCUAUAAAACCGCCAGAAACCAGUAAUUAUGGCCAAUGGAGGCCGCUCAGCGGACAGACGGAAGGGGUAGACCCGGCUGCGUGACCCGGCCUGGCUGGUGACCCGGAGCUGGCAUGGAGAUUAGGUGGCAUCGCUGAUCGGUGGUUACCGCGGGUUCCGCUGCCACAGACUAAACAAGAGAACUGGUUUAGGAAAGCUCCAUAUCGCUCCAUUACUAAAGCAAUAAAAUGAUCAUGUGUCUUAUGUGAAGUAGGCACCAAUGGGGUAUUCACGGGGGGGCAAACCAAAGCAGGCAGGGAAGGACGUGUAACGGUACAGAAUGAGUUCAUUUCGGAGUUGAAGUUGUUUUUUUUCUCCCCGAUGGUUGAAAGUUGAGUUUUACUAAUAAAAUCUGUUCUGUGUCUGGUUAA